CUGAUGUUAAUAUUAAAAAUAAAGAAGGUUAUACGAUUCUACAAUUGACUAUACGUAAUGGAUAUUAUGAAUGUUUAGAAACACUUAUUAUAGAUGGAAAAGCUAAAUUAGAUAAAAAAGGACCACGAAGUAAUACAGCAUUACAUGAAUGUUGUUUAUUAGGACUUGAUGGUGCUGAACCAUUAAGAAUUCUUCUCAAACAUGAAGGUGAUGCAUCUUGGUUAAAUGAUAAAAAUGAAAGUGUUAUUGAUAUAGCAGCAAAGCAAAAUUGCCCAGAAUUAUUACAAGCUUUUUCUAAAUAUCAAAGUGAAAAAAUGCUUAAACAACAAACAACAUAUGAAAAAUUCUUAUAA